AAUCCAAUAAUCCAAUGGAGCCCGCCUCCUCCCCACCCAGAUUUUUUAUUUUUAUAUUUUAACUACUACUCCGUGGGCCUGUGCGUGGCCCAAUCCAAUUUGCGCGCGCGUCGCGUCCCGUCGCCUUAUCCGCCGCGGUGCAAUUCGUGUGGCACUUGGCUCGCGCCAACCAAGCUGAGCAAACUCUCGCCAUGGAAGCUCUCGCCGCGACGCCUCGGGCCCUCUUCCCGCGCACGUCCCCGCCGGCAUUAAUCCCAACGGCGAGAGGGACGUCAUCGGCCCGGCGUCGAUGCGCCGCUCCUGUCAGGGCCUCUGCCGCCGCCGCCGAGCCGGCCGGGGAGGAGAAGCCGGCUGCUCCCAAACCAGCCGCGGCCGGGGAUGGCGCUGCCUCGCCAGCGCCAGCGCCCAAGAAGAUACUGAAGAAGAAGCCAGUCUACUCGAUGAAGAAAGGGCAGAUUGUGCGUGUCGACAAAGACAAGUACUUGAACAGCAUCAAUUACCUGUCAGUGGGACAUCCACCCUUUUACAAGGGGCUAGACUACAUAUACCAAGACCGCGGCGAGGUUUUGGACAUAAGAGUCUUUGAAACCGGAGAAUACGCCCUGAUCGCGUGGGUGGGGAUUCCGACACCACCGGCAUGGCUACCAACUUACAUGCUCAUCAAGUCGGACAAGCUCGACUACGAGAGAAUAUGAUGGGCUCACGAUCACGGAGACCUUCGAGGUGACUGCACACGAUCAAUCCCUGGACAACGCCAUGCCGAUAUGCCAUGUUCAGACUUCAGUCAGGUCGGGAUGCAGUGUUGCGUUGCAUGUAUAUGCCACUACGAAGACGGUCGAGGCAAUGUGCCGUUCAACCAUGGUCUCCACGUGAGUCGAAAAGGGAAGAAAUUGAAAGCGAGAAGAUUCAAAGUUGUUGUACCACUGAUUCGAUUAUAAACUUUGUAUUACCUUUUGAAGUUGACGACGGCAGUGCUUCUGGGUUCUGAACAAACAUUAGCCCAGAUUUUGACACUA